UACCGUGUCAGAAUAGAGAAAAGUAGCCUAUCGUAGGCACAACUUAUUUAAAGCGCAUAAAUCAAUAUCACCAGCAGACUGGCUGCGCAUGAUGGCUGUAAAUAUGUACGGUCCGAUGCCAACUCAUCCCCCGCCGAAUCCUAAUCCGACUGAUCUUAUAGCCAUCAAGGACAUUUAUCCGGGGUUGAAAAAUAUAAACGUUAUCUUUAUCAUUCUUGAGGUCGGACCCGUUACACUGACAAAGGAAAACCGCGAGGUUCGCACAUUUAAAGUAGCCGACCAAAGUGCAGCUAUAAAUGUUUCGAUUUGGGACGAACCUGGGAAGCAACUGUCCCCGGGUGACAUUGUCCGGUUGACGAAGGGCUAUGCCAACGUCUGGCGACAAUCACUGACAUUAUAUUCGGGUAAAAACGGAGAAAUAAUGCGUUUGGGAGAUUUUUGCUACACCUUCAAUGAAAUGCUGAACAUGAGCGAGCCAAACCCCAACUUAAGCGCGUCGAUACCGCAACCGAUUCUCAAUAACGGAUCGACUGGAGGACCGAAUAGUGGUAACAACAACAAUGGUACGGGAAAAACAUUAAGUUCUCCGAAGCCUGCCCCCAACAAUAAUCCCCUGCAUUCGGGUAGCGUACCACAAGCCAAACCGCAUGCUGCUACAACGCGCUACUCGGUUGCAGUUGCUGCAGCAGCAGCAGCUGCUUCACCUCCAACUGUAAUGAAACCAUCGCAAAAGAAUUCUCCGCGCUCUGGGCGCAAUAGUCAAGCCAAAGGAGCUGGUUUGAAAAGCGAUCGAAGAUAACAGUUAACCGAGACGCUCUAUCCAUACCCACUUGUCAACCAUAGUUUUAAUUUAUCCUCUAGUAAUGUAAUGUAAUGCACAGAAUUUAGGCAACGUUUUAAAUAUUCUUUAACGGCUAUUUUAGUGGACGAAAUUUACAACAAUGGCUUCUACAUUCCCGUGUGGAAAAUUCAUAAAGAAGUAGUACUUUUUCCGUUAGUAUUUGGUAGCAAUAAAUGAAAAUUA